AUGAACGCUUCGACGAGCGGAAAUGUCCAGCCUGCAGAUGGAACCAGUUUUUGGGUAUACAUUCUUGUCGGAAUUGUGUGCGCAAUCGGCAGCAUUGUUUGCUAUAACAUAUAUUUCCAUCCUUUAGCCAAGUUCCCUGGUCCCAAGUCAUACGCUGCUUCUGCGAUUCCUGUGGCACUGGCGCAGUUAGGAGGCAGAUUCCAUCUUUUCACACAGGCUGCUCAUGAGAAAUACGGGAGUAUCGUCCGAAUUAGCCCCAAUGAACUAUCAAUUAUCUCCGCUGGAGCAUGGGAUGAUGUCUACGCUCGAAGACUGAAGAAUCCUCCACUUGUCCGAGAUCCAACCUUUUUCAAUGACAUGCUGGUUGACCCGAGGACAUUGACCAUGGCUGAUGAUACAAAUCACAUUCGACUGCGAAAAUCUAUGAAUAGUGCAUUUUCGGCUAGGGCACUGGCAGAGCAAGAGCCUAUUCUGAAAGAAAAUGUUGAUCUUUUCAUGGAUAAAUUGGAGGAGCGCGCUCAGCAAGGGCUUGAAACAGACCUCCGAUCGUGGUAUAAUUACGCGACAUUCGAUUUGAUCGGCGACUUUGCAUUUGGAGAAUCCUUCCGAUGUCUUGAAUCAUCGCAAUAUCAUGAGUGGGUGCAAUUUGUCUUGGACCACUUCUAUGUGGCAACUUUGCUACAAGUGGUUCAUCGGUUUCGACCACUGAAUAAGCUGCUGGCCAUGUUGCUUCCCGCCUCCCUUAUAGAGAAGAAAGAAGCCCACCACCGGAUGGCUCUUGAUAAGGUCCGCCGCCGGGUUCAGAGGGAUACCAAGCGGCUGGACUUUAUCUCGUAUAUGUUGAAAACCUUGGAUACUGGCACGAUCACGUUAGACGAGUUGGAAAACCAAGCUAGCAUCAUCAUCCUGGCUGGCAGUGAGACAACUGCAGUGGCUCUAACUUUCGCGACAUAUUUCUUGCUUGUUAACCCUCAGAUAAUGGACCGGCUUCUGGAAGAGCUCCACUCAAACUUUGAAAAUGAGGGUCAAAUUGAUGUGUUGUCUAUCAACAAAUUGAAUUACUUGCAGGCAGUGAUCCAGGAGACUCUACGCAUUGCUCCGCCUAUUACGAACGGAUUUCCACGACAAGUUCCGCCCGAGGGGGCUAUGAUUGACGGACAUUUUGUUCCUGGUGGAAGCGUUGUCAACAUCAGCCACUGGAGUGCCUAUCGCUCGGCCAGCCACUUUUCCAAACCAAAUGAAUUCUGUCCUGAACGAUGGCUAGGAGACUCUCUCUUCGAGGGAGAUACUAAGGAUGCCUUUCAGCCAUUCUCCGUUGGGCCACGAAAUUGCAUCGGCAAGAAAUUCGCAAAUGACAGUAUGAAAAUGACACUUGCAAAGACCGUUUGGCGGUUCAAGAUGAAGUUGGCGAUAAAUACUGAGGAAUGGCUAAGAGAUAUGCCGUCUUUUGUCUCCUUGCACCAGCCUCCAUUGCUGGUGAGCCUGGAGCCGAGAAAGCCACCAUCCUCUGAUUGA